GCGGUGGGCCGGGCAGGGAAGGGAAGAUGGCGGCGGCGGAGCGGAGCCGAUCCCCGGUUCCAGGGGGCUCCCCGGUGCCGGCCUGUAUGUUCGCCCCGGAGCCCGGCUCCCCGGGCGGACGGCCUCGCAUGGCGGCGGCCGCCUGUCCCCUCCGUGCCGCCCUCGACGGCGAGGACGGCGAGGCGCUCAACGGCGAGCCCGAGAUCGACCUUACCAGUAAGCUGGUGAUGGUGAGUCCAACUUCAGAGCAAUAUGACAGUUUGCUCCAGCAGAUGUCAGAGAGGAUUGAUGAGGGAUGUGGGGAGACCAUCUAUGUCAUUGGACAAGGAUCAGAUGGGACUGAGUACGGUCUGAGUGAGGCAGACAUGGAGGCGUCCUAUGCCACAUUGAAGAGCAUGGCAGAGCAGAUCGAGGCAGAUGUCAUCCUCCUGCGGGAGCACCAGGAGGCAGGGGGCAAGGUGCGCGACUACCUCGUUCGGAAACGUGUGGGUGACAACGACUUCCUGGAGGUCAGGGUAGCAGUGGUUGGCAAUGUGGAUGCAGGGAAGAGCACCUUGCUGGGUGUCUUGACUCAUGGCGAGCUAGACAAUGGCCGGGGCUUUGCUCGGCAAAAGCUCUUCCGCCACAAGCACGAGAUUGAGUCAGGCCGCACCAGCAGUGUGGGCAAUGACAUUCUGGGCUUCGACAGCGAGGGCAAYGUGGUGAACAAACCUGACAGCCACGGUGGCAGCUUGGAGUGGACAAAAAUCUGUGAGAAAUCCACCAAGGUCAUUACUUUCAUUGACCUGGCUGGUCACGAGAAGUACCUGAAAACCACCGUCUUUGGCAUGACUGGCCACUUGCCUGACUUCUGCAUGCUUAUGGUUGGGAGUAACGCUGGGAUUGUUGGAAUGACCAAGGAGCACUUAGGCCUGGCGCUUGCACUUAACGUUCCCGUCUUCGUUGUGGUGACCAAGAUUGAUAUGUGCCCUGCCAACAUCCUGCAAGAAACCCUGAAGCUGUUACAGCGACUGCUGAAGUCCCCAGGGUGCAGGAAGAUUCCCGUGCUGGUUCAGAGCAAGGAUGAUGUCAUUGUAACAGCCUCCAACUUCAGCUCAGAGAGGAUGUGCCCAAUUUUCCAGAUUUCAAAUGUUACUGGGGAGAAUCUAGAUUUGCUGAAGAUGUUUCUUAAUCUCUUGUCUCCACGGACCAGUUACAGGGAAGAAGAGCCAGCAGAAUUCCAGAUAGACGAUACUUACUCUGUCCCGGGUGUAGGAACAGUUGUCUCUGGGACGACGCUGAGAGGUCUCAUCAAGCUAAAUGACACUCUGCUGCUGGGGCCAGAUCCCCUUGGCAACUUCCUCCCUAUUGCUGUCAAGUCCAUCCACCGCAAGAGGAUGCCUGUCAAGGAGGUGCGGGGAGGCCAGACAGCAUCCUUUGCAUUGAAGAAGAUCAAGCGUUCUUCCAUCCGGAAAGGCAUGGUAAUGGUGUCACCCCGUCUGAAUCCACAAGCAUCAUGGGAGUUUGAAGCAGAGAUUCUGGUGCUCCAUCACCCCACCACCAUCAGCCCACGAUAUCAGGCCAUGGUGCAUUGUGGCAGCAUCCGUCAGACGGCCACGAUUCUCAGCAUGGACAAGGACUGCCUGCGGACAGGGGACAAAGCCACGGUGCACUUUCGCUUCAUCAAAACCCCGGAAUAUUUGCAUAUAGACCAGCGGCUGGUSUUCCGGGAAGGCCGCACCAAAGCUGUGGGUACCAUCACAAAGCUACUCCAGACCACCAAUAACUCACCAAUGAACUCCAAGCCACAGCAGAUCAAGAUGCAGUCAACAAAGAAGGGAGCUGUUACGAAACGAGAGGAUGGUGUUCCUUCUGGGACGGCAGCUGGAGGCCCAGCCGCUGGGGAUGAGGCCCCCUCAACAGCUGCAGCACCAUUGACACCUACUGCCCURCAACCAUUGUCAAAAGUCGGAGGAGGUGGCCGUCGACGUGGGGGUCAGCGCCAUAAAGUGAAAUCUCAGGGAGCCUGUGUGACUCCUGCCAGUGGCUGCUGAAUUUCUUAUUCCUCCUCUCUCUGAGGAAUUCCUCCCCUUCCCUUCAUUUCUUAUCCAAAAGAUCCAGAGCAGCUUAAACCAAAACCCAUCCCAGCUGAUUGGCUGCAGAAGAAGCGAUGGAGAGGAGCAUAAUUUAUAAGCUAAUGAAGGUGAUAAGACAGAGAACUGAGUAACUGACACCUUCCUCCUCCCCCUGUCGACACAUUUUUGUACAUCAUGGGCUUAGUUUUUAUUCUUAUUAGUUUUUAUUACAUUUUGUGUGCAUGAAGAUGAGAGGAGAGUCUGGAUCGAGCUGCAAAGAGCCAGUUAGUUGCCUCCCUCCUCCCUCACCCCUUUCUGACCACAGGACUUGCUGCUCUCUCCCUACUUGCUGUCUCAGAUCCAGGGGUUAUCAAAUGCCUGAAAUUUCAGACUUGCAAAGGUUAAAACAGGUUGUUAAGGGUGGCUCCAUGGGGCAUUGUUUCAUCACCACUGUGGCCUCGUGCCAAAUAUGUUUUUAAUUCCCUCCCGCUGAAACUAUUUCUGAAUGGAUUUAAUUUAAUGUUGUAAUGACUGAAGUUUGAAGGAGAUGGUGAGAAAGUUCUUUAGUUGAAGAUCUAAGAGGGAAACAAAUUGGAAAGCAGUUGCUGAUGUUAAGUUCAGGGAUCCUAUGCUCAGUAUCCUCAAAUAAUGUUGAUAGCACUUAAAAUUUUAAUUAGCAACAGAGUUAAAUGGGCAGACAUUUAGUCACCCUGUUCCUCUCCCCAUCGUGCUGCUUUUCCUAGUGUUUGUUCAGUGCACAUUGGAGCAAAUCUAACCUGCCUCUCAAGGCUGCAGCAGCUCCACUGACAGUAUUAACAAUAGCGCAGGAGCACUCAGUCUGUCCCUUGAGCCAGAGAAAGCCUUCUCACCUCGAUGGUCAGAGAUCACAGGUGGCAAGAUACCUUUGGAACAGAUACACCAGGCUAACGUGACCUCCCCUGGAUUUUGUUUACUCUGAGAUUUUCAGAACCUCUUUGGAACUCACUGGCCAAACUUUGCCAUGGCAGAGGUAGGAUUCAUCUACUCCCUUCUUGGCCAAAGAGGGCACUGAUGAAUUGGUACCAAAUUUAUAAAAGCACUUCCAAAGCUGGAAGUACAUGGUCAUUUUUCUGACUUCCAUUUAAUUUUUUUUUUAAGUUUUUUUUUUUUUUAAUGAGAAAUUCUGGCUUCUCCAAGAAGGCCAUGCAAGGACAGUUUACAAAUUACUGUUGGAAUAUUUUUUUAAACCAUUUAAUGAGUUGUUCAAGUGAUUGAUUCCCUGCUUAUUUUGAUCUUUUUUUUCUAACCCUGCCUCCUCACUUGGCUCCAGUGAGGACAGGAAUUGUCCUCUGCUGGUUUGUGGUGAGCUGUGGGAGCCUGGUAGCAUUUUGAGGAGGAGGCGGCAUCCUCAGUAAAUCAUGGCUCUCCCCAGCAGGUGUGGUCAGGCUCAGUUUCUCUGAGGGCUUCCUCCUCCAAUGAAGGACUUUUAUUUUAAUUAGAGGGAGACUGUAAAGUUUCUGUCCCUCCUUAGCGRGUUGUUCCUGUUCCUCACUCUGUGUCACCUGUGUGGAGUUCAUUCCAGUUCACCUUGUGACUCGGGGUAGGCUUCCAGGCCRGCUGACUGGCAGAGCGCAUCUCCCACUGCCAACACCAGCACUCCAAGAGCAUUAAGCGGCAUGGGAGAGGUGGGAAGUGUGGUUUGGAGACGAGGGCCCUUUGCCUUAGAGACUGCAGUGGCCUGAGGGUGGGUGGAAGGGGGAGGUCAGACAAUCCUUUUCCAAGCUAUGUGCCUAAAUACCAGCACUCCUGGCGAGGGAGGAACUAUAGGCGGCUACAACACUAAUAGCACCCGCAUUGUGAGAGGGUGUGAGGUGUGGCUAAGCAGGGCAUGAGGGCCUGGCCUGUUUGUCUUCUGGCCCUGUAGCAGCACCAAACUGCAUCUGAUUUCACUGCCCUCUGCUUCUGAGGGGAGCAGGGAGCUCCAGGCGGUUUUCUUUCUCCAUUCCUUGUGCUCCAAAUGAAGGGGACUGCCGAGACUGAAAGAAGGUUCACUUCAAUUUGUGCAAAGGAGGUGGUGUUAUCUCUCUUUUGUGACCAGCAUUUACAGAUCACUCAGGCUGGUGUGAUCUAUAAAAUAAAUUUUAAAAAAGUUUGUUCCAUGUAAAA